GGCAUUUUCAGUUCUUCUUUGCGCUUUUAAUUGCCGACCUGUUGAGGCUUCUCUUUAAACAUCCAUAGUUGAGGCUCUUCUUGAGACUCCAGAGGACGUUGUGUAUGUUAUUAACUCGUCUUAUUACUGAUUAGCGAACACCGUCAUCAGUGAUUGUUAGCAGCUAAUGCUAGCUUUCUGCCAUCGCUCGGUUAAACCAGUAUGAGGACUUAUAACUCUUGCAGACUGUUUCAACAUGUUUCUAGCUUUAACUGCGUAAUAAUUCUCACCUCUGUGUAUUAUAAAACACCACCGUUGUCACGUACUGCCGUUGUAGACAGGAUAUUUCUCAUGUGUUUUGGUCUCUCCUGCGAAGUCUCUGGAAGUCCAUUAAUUUACACAUGCGCAAAACCUACAUCCGUAGAAGAAGAGAGAACCGGAAGUUGUUACAUAGCAGGCGCCUUUCUUCAAAACAAUCAUAUGAGUUACUGAAUUACAACUUUUGCCACAAUGCCUCUGUCAACCCAGUCGCAAGCUGAUGAUGAACAAUAUGUUUUAGUUGCCAGUUUGGAUAAUGCUCGCAAUCUGUCCAACAUACUCAAAGCAAUCACAUUCAAAGACCAUGCCAUCUUCAACGCCACACCCAACGGUCUGAAGGUCACUGUGGAGGACUCCAAAUGUCUGCAGGCUAAUGCCUUCAUCCAGGCUGAGAUCUUUCAAGAGUUCACCAUAAAGGAAGAUUCGGUGGGUUUUCAGGUCAACCUCACAGUUCUGCUGGAUUGCCUUAAUAUUUUUGGAGGAAGCACAGCACCAGGAGUAUCAACAGCCUUGCGGAUGUGCUACAAGGGGUACGGUCACCCUCUGACCCUGUUCCUGGAGGAGGGUGGGGUAGUGACUGUGUGCAAGAUAAACACACAAGAGCCAGAAGAGCCAGUUGAUUUUGACUUCUGCAGCACCAACGUCACAAACAAGGUGAUCCUGCAGUCAGAGAGUUUGAAGGAAGCCUUCUCUGAGCUGGACAUGACCAGUGAGGUGCUACAGAUCACCAUGUCCCCCAGCCAGCCAUACUUUAGGUUGUCUACAUUUGGGAACUCUGGAAAUGCCCAUUAUGAUUAUCCCAAAGACUCUGACAUGAUGGAGCUGUUCCGAUGCACCAAGACACAAACCAACAGGUACAAGAUGUCCCUGCUGAAGCCGUCCACCAAAGCCCUGGCUUUGUCCUGUAAAGUGUCUGUGAGGACAGACAGCAGGGGCUUCCUCUCUCUGCAGUACCUGGUCAGGAACGAUGACGGACAGAUCUGCUUUGUAGAAUAUUUUUGUUGUCCUGACGAGGAUGUGGAGGAGGAGUGAUUACAGUCUGUUGAAGUCCCCUUUAACUUCAGGGGGGGGCCAGUCGCUUUGAAUGUGAAGGCAAAGUCUGCCAGGAGGCAGUACAGCCAGUGGGGAGCACUCAAGAAAUAAAUGCUGGACUUAAGGUCUCAGUGGAUUGCAUUGUCACUGGAUUUUGACACCUUCGUGGUCUUGUCACUCUCAUACCAAGUAAAUUAUUGUACUGACUGAUAAGGAAAAGGAUUGUAUUUGUUACUAUGGAGACCCAGCUAUUUUGGGUCAGAAUUCCCUUGACAUGCAAACAUUGCCUGUAACUUCAUGAACCUACAUGUUUUGUAGUCCAAGUGAGGCCAUAAUGGCUGCAUAGAGUAUUUGAUACCUUUUCUUCCCUUUGAAACACGCAGCGAGCGGGUUGACGGCCUAUAAAAUGAGAUUUAAGUUAUUUAUAUUGCAUUGAUACAUUUUCCUGUCUGUUCUCCACAGGCCUUCGAUUUCCCUGCAGCUCUACACAUACAUUUGGCUAUAGUUGUCCUUCAUGUUAAAUGUGUAUGCAGACCUUUGAAAAACAUUUGUUUAUAUAUAUAUAUAUCAGGUGACAGAUGAGUCAUUUUGAAUCGUUUUAUUUCAAUGACAGAAAACAACUUUAGUCACGCAAUCAAUAAACAAGGUUUUUUUACA